UUCGUGUUUUGGGAGAGUAAUCAUGGUGUAAACACACGGCCAUGGCUGAUGAGAGAGAAGGAGCUGAUAACAACAACAUUAACGACGACAUGGGGAACCAGCUACAGCUCUUACCGGAAAACGAGGAGGAGGAAGAAGAUGACAUGGAAACAGAGGAUCGCGACAGCGAGGGUGCGGAAAAGCCGAGCAUCAUCAACUUCGACCCCAGCCUGCCCACCUCGCACGCUUACCUGGGUUCAGACAUGGAGGAGUUCCACGGGCGCACUCUUCACGACGACGACAGCGUGCAGAGUCUCCCCGUCCUCCCUCACGCCACCCUCAUCCUGAUUCCGGGUCAGACGCUGCCGCUGCAGCUCUUCAGACCGCAGGAGGUCAGCAUGUUCCGCAACCUGGUCAGCCACGACCGCACUUUCGCCGUGCUGGCGCACAGUCCGGAUUCGGGCGGAGGAGAGCUGCAGGCGGAGUUCGGGACGACGGCGGAGAUCUACGCCUUUCGCGAGGAGCAGGAGUACGGCAUCGAGACGGUGAAAAUCAAAGCCGUCGGACGGCAGCGCUUUAAAGUGCACGACAUCCGCACGCAGGCAGACGGGAUCCGUCAGGCAAAGGUGCAGAUUUUGCCCGAACGGAUUCUGAUGGACCCUUUGAGCGCGCUGCAGCUCUCGACCCGCUUGCACAGACGUGUUCCGGAUGCCAGACCCGCGCCGCCGCAGAGCCAAGCACAACGCUGCCACACCUACAGACGGAGGAGGUUGUUUCCUGCUAGUAUGACCCCAUGGCCGUCCUGGGUUUACUCCCUGUACGACUCGGAGACUCUAAUGAGCAGAGUUAAGAAGCAGCUCCACGAAUGGGACGAGAACCUCAAAGACGAAUCGCUGCCUACUAACGCUAUAGAUUUCUCCUACAGGGUGGCAGCGUGUUUGCCGAUAGACGAUGCCCUCAGACUGCAGCUCCUGAGGAUCGGUAGUGCCAUUCAGAGACUCCGCUGUGAGCUGGACAUCAUGGACAGGUGCACGUCUCUGUGCUGUAAGCAGUGCCAGGACACCGAGAUCACCACCAAGAACGAGAUCUUCAGCCUGUCUCUGUGUGGGCCGAUGGCAGCUUACGUGAAUCCUCAUGGUUACGUCCACGAGACUCUGACCGUCUACAAGGCCAGCAACCUCAACCUGAUCGGGAGACCCUCCACUCUGCACAGCUGGUUCCCAGGGUACGCGUGGACCAUCGCGCAGUGCCGGACCUGCGGUUCUCACAUGGGCUGGAAGUUCACAGCUAUGAAAAAGGAUCUGAGUCCUCAGCGAUUCUGGGGUCUGACUCGCUCGGCGCUCUUACCCACAAUCCCUCAGGGCGAGGAGGGUGUGGAAGGCUCGCGCCUGCUCUGCCUGUAACCUCAGCGCCACGCAUACGCACACAGAAUCUCGAUCACGUCAGCCGUCCUCCAUCACACCCCACACUCCGAGCGAAUGAGAGAGGCAGGAAGGAGAUCAAAAGCGGUGGAUGAGUUGGAGGAGGAAGAGGAAGAGUGUCGAGCCAGAGAGAGAGAGCGAGAGAAAUCAAACACUGAGUUGUCACUUUAAUGAAAUCUGUUUCAAUCAGAACGACACACAACAGCAUUUUUCCCCGACAUAGCAAAGUAUGUGCACAUCAUAAUCAUCACAUCUUGUUUUUUUUUUUUUAUUUUGUUGUUCCUCUUUGAUGUUAUAUAAAUAGGCUUUUCUGUAAAAA